AAUUCUUCAAGUCAAAGUAAAUUUUUAACGAAUUUUAUGCAAAUUCGUGUAUUUUUUACAAGUGAUUAUUAACGUCGUUUCGACAUGAAUCAUCUACUCAAAAUGACGAUUAUAAAAUGAGUAAUGCACAAACAUGUGUGCAUCGAAUACAAAACUAUAUAUAUUGAACAUGGAGGGAAAAGGAAUCUAAUGCUGUAAUUUGUUUGUCUCCGGACAAGGAAAGUUGGAGCACUUCUACUAUGCUAUAUAGCAUUGGUGCUUUAAUGUACAACUCAAAGUUGUACCAUAACAUUAAAUGUAUAAGUUUAGGUUGUACCAUAAAACAAUUUGUAUCAUUAUGUUAUGGUACAACUUUACAACUUGAAGUUGUACCAUCACAUAAAUGUACAAGUUCAAGUUGUACCAUAGAAGAAUUUGUACAAAAAAUAUAGGUACAAUCUAAAGUUGUACCAUAACGUAAAUGUACAAUUUUAAGUUGUACCAUAAAGACAAAAACCUAUAGCACCAAUACUAUAUAGCAUUGUAAAAUUUCUCGAAAAGUUGGUGUUCCUCUUAUCUCACAUGGUUAGCCAAUCGGUGGGCGACAGACACUUGAAAAGCUUUGCGCCCCUUGAUUUGGAAAGGUUUGUUACUCACGUGCGGUAAGUAAAGAAAGUCAAUCGCCGGAACAGAAGCGGGUACCGGAAGGGAAUUGAUCGGCGGGGUCAUCCAUAUAGACUCCGAUAGCGUCGAGGCUGCCGGAGGAAGAUGACGACGGGUAUAAAUAACGGAUGGAGGAGACUUGGUGGCGGGAACUGGUAGGUCCCACCAGGAACAACCCACAUUCCCGUUUUGGGGAAGUUGACCCGGGACGCGUGUCGGGUGUCGGAGCGAAGGAGUGAAGGUAAGGUAACAGUAACUAACCCAUCACUAUUUAUUUAUUAUAUUAGUUAGAAAUUAAAAAAAAAACAAAAUAACGGGACGGGAAACGAAGGGUCCACCUCAGCAUCUUGACACGCUCACUCUCGGUGACAGUUGGGAAGGUGGGGACCACUUUGGCUCCCAGUCAGUCAGUCAAUACUCGUCAGGGGAUCCACGUGGGCAGUGGAAAGAGGGCACGUGUUAGCAUUUCCGACGCCUCUUGCGCUGUUCGAGGAGCCAAUGGGAGUGCGCCUUUACUGUGCCACCAAAAUAUUAUGGAGCCACUUAGGUCCCACCACGUGCCCUCCAGCUUGCUCAUUUUGAUUUGGGUUAUAUGUAAAUAUAUAUGUCCUAUAUUAAGUCAUUUUAUCAAACAUUGUUUUUCUUCUAUUAUUUUACAUCUCCUAUUUUUUUUAAUGAUCAAACAUGUCUUUUUGUUAAAAUCUCCAUCCAAAAAUUGUCAAUUAUGGUCGAACCUUGGUUUGAGCGAUACAAAUGUCUAAAAUAUCCAUAAUAAUCUCACUUUAGGAUUCUUUUUUUUCUUCCACCACAAAUCGUCGACAGGAUCAGAGCUAUUUUGCUCGACCCGCUGACGGUGGGAGGUGAUAAAAUCAUUUGGAAUCUCACCUCCAAUGGUCACUUUUCAGUCAAUUCAGCUUUCAAAGCAGAGCAAUCUUCUCAAUUCCUUCAGAACGAUCCGAUUUGGAAGAAAAUCUGGAGGCUUCAUGUGCCAGAACGAGUUCAGGUAUUUGUUUGGAUGGCAAUGCUAGGCAAGUUGACUACAAAUCAGAUCAGAAAAGACAGACACUUGACUGACAACAACUCGUGUCCUGAAUGUGAAGGUAUUUCGGAAACAAUUGUCCACUCUCUCAGGGACUGCAGGAAAGCCAAGGCGGUUUGGAAUAAAAUCCUGGAUGCUAAUAGAAGGGCAGCUUUUUUCAAUGCUGGCCACCAAGAUUGGAUGAAAUCCAAUAUACUAGAUGAUUCUACCGGGAAUUGGACGGGAGAAUGGGGAAGUUUCUUCAUCCUAGUUAUAUGGUAUCUAUGGAAGUGUAGAAACGAUGGGAUUUUCAAGGGCAUCAAGCUGUCAUCUUCCACUCUUCACCAUUAUGUUACAGCCAAGGCCAACGAUUGGGCUCGGACCUGGAUUGAUGCCAGGAAAGCUUUGGCUAUGGUAGAGGGAGGUAACAGGACAGAGGCUUUGAUUGGUUGGAAGAAACCCCCUAUUGGCUGGCAUAAAAUGAAUACGGACGGCGCGAAUCAAAGCAAUAUGGGCAUGGCCACGGCGGGCAGAGUUCUUCGGGACCAUAAUGGCACUUGGCUAGGCGGUUUUUGCAGCAAAAUCGGCACAGGAACUGCUUUGUUGGCAGAGCUAUGGGGGGUGCUGCAAGGCUUAGAGUUUGCUUGGAAGAAAGGAUCUCGUUUUCUCGUCCUGGAAACAGACUCUCAAUUGGCUCUUCAGCUGAUCGAACAAAGAAGAGAUGAGGUUCACCCCUAUGCUACUAUCUUGGGCGCUAUUCGUAGGCUUCUUAGUCAGGAUUGGAUGGUGCGUCUAGUUCAUACAUAUCGCGAAGGGAAUAGAGUCGCGGACUGGCUCUCGAAGCACAGUCUCGUCUAUCCCUUCGGUAUGUAUGAGCUUGAGGCUCCUCCUUUGGAAGUGAAUAGGAUAUGCUAUGAAGAUGAAGCCGGUACCAGCUUCCCUAGAAUGGUUAGGCUGGACAAUGAGACUUGAUUAGCGCUCUUUUUGCUUUUGUUUCUCGGCCUGGUUCUGCCUAGCUGGGAGAAUUAGUGUUCUGUUUGUUUUCUUCCUCGCACUUGCUGCCUCCAUUUUCUCAAAAAAAAAAAAAAAAAAAAAAAAACUAGCUAAGUACCUCAAAAAAUGGGUCGUUUUUUAAAAGUUAGGAGUCUAAAUGAAUGAUUAUAUGAAUGUGUGUAUUCUUCAUUCUCAAACGAAACUUUAUCAAAAAGCUAUGAAAUCACAUUGUAAGUCAUUUAAAUAUUAAUAAAAUUUAUUUUAGUUUUUACGUCACAUCCACCUUAAAUAAAAUACUGACUAAAGCAAUGACAAAUAUCAUUCAAAAUGUAUGCAACAAAGCCAAGCAAUCCCACACUUUGUUUUCCAAGAAAGUACAAGGUUUUCCUUGCGAAGGAAAUCUGCAUUCUCAAAUGUGGAACAUGAAUAGGGAAAACAACUCAUAACCUUAAAGAUAUCAAAAGCCUGAAAUUUUCUUUUAGAGCAUCUUUAUGAAUUCAAUUGCAAAUUGCAUUUUUAUUGUCAACUCAAUUUUUUUUUCAAUUCACAUCACAUUUAUUUCAUUCACCUACAUCAAUGCAAUUAAUUUGAAAUUGCAAAUAUAAUUAAAUAUUAUAUUUAAAUUAUAGAAAAUUAAGCAAAAGAGAAAAGAAAAUAAUAUAAAAUAAAAAAUUUCAUUUUUUAAGGUUUUUUUUUACUCAAUGGUACGUAAUUUAUCACGGGGCGCGGAUCGGGGCAGGUCGACCCAAUGGGUACGUAAUUUAUGCGAAAAAAUUAGAAUUAUUCGUUAUUUUCACUAAAAGACCAAAAACAAACCAUAAUACGAUAAAAUGUAGUUAAAUUAUUGAAAAAAUUGAUGUUUCGACUUUUUACAACUUUAUUAUAGCUAAAUAUAAUGUUAUAAGAGGAAAAUCCUAAGUAAUUUUACUAAGAUUACAUGUAAUUUAGACAAGAACGGGUCGAUAAUGGGGCGAGUCAAGGCAGGUCGGGUCGAUGAGAGGUACCCAUGCCCGCCUCGCCACGCAUACGGGACGGGUCCAACCUGCCCCAAAACAGGCAAAACAGAUUGAGUAAAUCGGAUCAGGUCAAAAUUGUCAUCCCUACUCUUACACAACUAGGUAGGGGUGAACAAAUACACCCGCAAACCGACCCAUCCGUCCAACCCGACCCAACCCACCCGUAUUUAUCUCUAAAACGAAGGUUUUGGGUUGGGUGAUGGUUUUCUUUUGUACAACCCGCCUCCUUUGGGUUGGGUUUGGAUUUUGGAUUACACAACCCGUAGAACCCGACCCAACCCGUGUUCCAACUAUUAGUAUGAGUUUGGAUCUAAAAAAUAUUUAUGUCGUAUAUAGUCAUAUACUUAUGAGAAAAUUAAGAUAUUUCGCCAUGUUUUUCUCUCAUGGUCUCCCUAAUCUAAUGCAUUUUUCGACUUAAAAUUUAGACAUAAAUUGAAUAUAGUUAUGAUUCACGUAAUCCUUUUUCUUGUGUACAAUUUUAAUAGAAUAACAUAUGAUGAAUGCGUUUGUUUAUAACAUUUUUAGCCUAUUUCAACAAAUAUCGUGAAAAAAAAAAAGACAUAUGCUGAAGUAAAUCACAUUUUAUUAAAAUUUAAAUAACAUU